AUGGACGACUCGAGGGUCGGCGUGCAGCGGAAAUCCGGCCUCGCGCUGCACGGCCGCAGCAUCAGCGCCAAGGAGUCGAGCCGCGUGCUUCACGCCGGAGUCCACGCGUCCGAAACCCUCAACAAAAAUGUCGCCGUCUUCACUCACAACCACGCAUACAGCCACUACCCGCCAACGGACGAACCUAACCUAGCCUCGGUCGACUUCCGAGCCUGGCUCGCGGACCAGGUCAAGUUCAGCCAGAGCCUCGUCAUCCCGCAAGUCCCGGAGAAGCCGAGCUUCCUGGAGACUUUCGCGCCGUUCCGGCUGUUGGGGCGCGUGGGGAGCAAGAAAGCGCAGUGCACGGUAGCUAUGCACGUGCACGGGGUGGAUAAUUUCCCGAAAGACAUGGAGGGGAAGGAGCUCGUCGUGCAAUGGCUGCGGCGCGGCAUGUCCGUCGGCACGAGCCCCAUGGUGGUACACCGCGGCGUCGCGCGCUUUGAACAGACGCUGACGAUGUCAUGCACGAUGUUCUUCAACGCCGGAGGGCAGGGGACGGUGAAGUUUAAACGGAAACCGUCGACGCUCUGCGUGCAGAUGUUAAAGUCGUCCGGGAUUGGCUACGUUGCGGAGCUUGGGCGGCAUUCCGUGGAUCUAGCGAAGCUGCUGCCCGCGUCGCUGCACGAGAAGGAGGAGGGGCAGCCCAUGACGCUGAGCUUUCAGCUCGCGGGAUUGGCGGAGGGGGCCGUCAUGGUCGCGACAUUCGGGUACGAGUUACAACUCGGCCGCGGCGUUACGUUCCUCGCGCGAGUUGACACCAAGUCGGGCGCGGCGCGGAAGCUGUCCACGUCAGCAGAGGUGGAGGAGGUGACAACUGGCAUCCCGCGGGCGCUCGUGCGGGGGGCGACGGGGCCCCUGGGCGGCAGCGGGAGAAGCGGCGGAACGAUUGAGAUUAAGAUGAGCGGGGAAAGCGGAAUUGGGCGCGGAAGCAGGAUUGGAGCAGGGGGAGGGGCGGGGCGGGGGGCGAGGGGCGCCCUGCCUGCGCCCGCUGAUGCAGCAGCAGCAGCAGAAGCAGAGGCUUGCACGGCGAUGGUGCCCGUGGCGGGGCCUGGCGGACUGGUGGCGGCGGGCGCAGCAGCAGGCGCGGGGAAGAAGGGGGGAGGCCGCGGAUCCUCUGGCGGAGACGCGGAAGGCGCGGGGGCGAUGGUGCCCGUGGCGGGUCCUGGCGGGAUGGUAACAGCAGGCGGGGGAAGAGGCGCGGAGAGAGGCGGCGCAGCAGGCGCAGGAGGCGCGCCAAGCGCAAUGACGCUGGCGGCGAUUCAGCAGGGCGCGCUGGCGCCAGGCGCGGGGUUCGGGGGAAUGCGCAUGCCCUCACAUGGCCCAUUCACGACGAGCCUCAAUAGUGUGCUUGCGCCCACGUGCGCCGCGACGGGGCUGGCGUCCGCGAGCGCGGCGCUGUACGGGGGCGCGAGCGGGCUGGCGCAGCUCGGCGCGCUAAGGGGCGCGGACCCCAUGGUGCUGGCCGUUCCGCCCACCAUGGCUCCCCCCGAGCUGGUGCAGGGCAUGGGAUCCGCCAUCGCGCUGCCUUGGGGAGGGUUUUUGACGUCCAUGUCGGGGCGGCAUUUCACAGAAGGGCUAGCCGGCUCGUCAUGCAGCAGCAAACCCACAUGCUCAUGCCUCCCUCCCCCCACUCCCCUCCUCCAAACGCAGUUCUCCCGAGCAGUGGUGGUGCCCAAGGAGAUGGGCAUAGAGGGCAGUGAUAUCAUUCAGAGCAUCCACGUGCAUAGCUCGUGCCGUCUCUUUGCCCAACUCCCCUCCCCUUCCCCUCCUCUCUACCAUCCCCUCCCCAACACACAGUUCUCCCGGGCAGUGGUGGUACCCAAGGAGAUGGGCAUAGAGGGAAGUGACAUCAUACAGAGCAUGGCGGCGUUGGGAAUUGACGCGCUGUCGCAGCAGGCGCACAUGCUCAUGCCCUUGCCGGACAUCAGUGGCAAGGCGCUCGAGCAGAUGGCGGCCGAGGGGUUGCUGUUCCUGGAUGGGGCCGGCGGUGGGGGUUAUGAAGAACAUUUGAGACGGCUUGGCGCGCCUCAGAGUCCUGGAUUUCCGUUCAACCCUUUCCUUCUUUUUCCCUGCUCCUCCACCCCUGGUCCCUUUCCCUGCUCCUCCACCCCUGGUCCUUUUCCCUGUUACAGGAGGGCCCUUGGCGCAGCAGCAGCAGCAGCAUUGGGGGGAGGGGAAAGCUAUCUGGCCCUGGAGGGGCGUGCAGAGGGAAAUUUCUUGGCCCUGGAAGGAGCAGCAGCAGGGAUGCAAGGGGGCCAGCUUGUGCAUGUAGGUGCGGGACAGCUGGCAACAGUGGGAGGAGGCUCGGCAGGAGCCUUGGCAUUAGGUGCGGGCGGCGGCUUGACGCCCGAAGCUAUGGCGGCGGUGGCUCGGCAGUCCGCCCUGGCUGGCACUCUGGUUCGGUUGCGGCGCCGAGGCAGGAUGAUAGCUGUGGCAAAGCAGAGGAUUCUGCAGAAGCAGCUUCUGCUGGAGCAGGGCGGAGGGGGAGGAGAGGGGGAGGCAGGGGAGGGCGCAACUGGGGGAGGCGGAGCCAAGGAGGGGCGGCUGGCUCUGCUAAGGCGGACGGCUGGGGAACUGGCUGGUGUUGAGGAGGAUAUGGACGAGGAGCUGAAGAGGGAGCUAAUGCUGAUGGAGGAGGAGGGGUGGGAGGAUGGCGAGGAUGAAUAUGUACCGUUGGAUGAGCUGGGCGCGCUGGCCAUGGAGCAGAUCGAACGGAUGGCGUUGGAGGGGCUGAGAGUGCAGAACGACGCCUCUGAUUUGCUGGCGCCCUAUGCCAUUGAUCUCGGGAAGGAGGGCGGGGGCGGUGGUGCGCUGGGGAUGGGUGGGUUUGGCGCGUUGGGUGCAGGAAGGGGGGGGAUGGGGGAGUUGAUGUAUGGAGGAGGGGGAGGAGGAGCGGGGAUGCUGACAAAUGGGGGGUAUGGAGGGGCGGAGAUGGGGGCGGGAGGGGACGAAUGGGCCAUGGUGGCGGCAGGGGGGGGAGCGAUGGGGCUGGCGGUAUCAUUGGACGAGUGGCAGCGGCUGGAUGCUGGGAUAUUUGAGGACUUUGAAACAGAGGAUGAUACUCUGGCUGUGCUGCAGGCGCACUGUGCGGCGCAUGGCGCGGGGGAGAUGGUUCUGCAUGAUAUUGCACGGUUGAGAUCGGAUCUCGCGGCGGUGAGGGGAGGGUUGGGUGGUGGGAUGGGAGGAGGGGGGGGUGAAGGGGGGUUGAUGGGGGACAAGGUGACAGUGGCGAUGCUGGUGCAGCUGAGGGACCCUCUCAGGAACUUUGAGCCUGUGGGUGCACCCAUGAUGGCUCUGCUGCAGGCCGAACGAGCCCCCCCUGCUGCUGCUGAGGAUGUGGACAAGAGCAGUGGUAAUGGUGCAGCAGCACUGGAGGGAGGUGCUAAGGCGUUGCCAGGAGGUGGAGGAGUGAGGAGGAUAGCGUAUAAUCUGCACACGGGCGCGGCUGUGCGGCCCUCAGGAGGGCCCCUGACAGUGCGGAACGGAGCGAACAAUCGGCGGAGAGAUGGGGAUCCGAUUGUGGAGGAGGUGGAUGAUGACGAGCAGCCUGGGGGGAGAGGUGGCGUGGAGAAGGCUCGGUUUAAGCUGACUGGUGUGCACAUGAUGGGGCUGAAAACCGAAGAGGCGGCGAAGAGGGGAUGGGGGAAUCAGAAGCAGGGGCAGGCAGGGUCGAGGUGGCUUGCGGCCAAUGGCAUGGGGAAGAAGGGAGCAGCUAAGCCGAAGAGGUCUACGGGGCCAGUCAAGCCUGCCAAGGUGACUGUCCAGUCAGGUGACACUCUGUGGAGCUUGUCACAGAAGGUGCAUGGCAGUGGCACUAAGUGGAAGGAUGUAGUGAAGCUGAACCCGCACAUUCGAAAUCCGGACCUCAUUCUACCGAACCAGCAUGUUCGGAUGCGCUGA